AUGGACUUAAUCAAUGGUCUAAAAGCAGUUUAUUAUACGAGUUUAUUAUAUUUGCGUGUAUUGUUCAGUUUAAUGACACCUGGAACUGCAAUAUGGAACUUAUUUCAAAAUCGAAAAGGAAAAAUAAACUUAAUUAGUCGAGAUUUAAUAUGUGAUAGUGAAACAUUAAUUAGUCUUCCUAAAUGUGGAAAACCAUUGGACGGAUUUACCAAUGCUCUAUGUCCGUUUCUUCCAACAUUUCUUCUUGACAAUGAUCAAUAUUGGAAACAGCGACGUGAUGUUUUUUCCAUUGCAAAUUCGAUAAUCAAUCAAAGAAUUUUAGAAAAUUCAUUUGAGUUUAAGCUAGAAAGUAAAAAAGGAAAUGUUCUUUGGGACAUUUUUGAAAUUAUCGCAAAAAUAUCUUUUCAAUUGUUAUUUAAUCGAAUACCAACUGAAGAUGAAUUUAAUGAUAUCUACCCCGGAUUACUUGACAUUAAUAAAAUUAUAAAAAGAUUUACAUCAAAACCAGAUUUACAAGCACGUCAAGCUCUUUACGAUCGAACGUUAAUAUUAAUUAAGCAAAAUGAAAAUGAUUUUGUAUUUCAUGAUUCAAAAGAAUUUUAUGCAAUGAAUGAAAUUCAUCAAGUAUCAUCGAUAGCAGAAGAUUUUCUAACUACUAUAUCGGUUCAAUGUACGGAUCUUGUUUGUCAUAUGCUGCUUUUAUAUUCAAAAUAUCCAAAUGAUUUUCAUGAUAAUAUUGAAAAUUCAAUACAUGAAACACUUCGUUUGCAUCCAUUAACUGACCUGUGGACACGGCAACCGUAUGGGAAACAAAGAGGAUGGAUUGCUUCAGUAGUACAGUUAAAUAGAAAUGGAUGGACUCAACCAGAUGAGUUUAUUUCUCAACGAUGGGAUACAAAUGAUCAUCCACCACUUAUGUCAUGGGGCUUCGAUAUAAGAAGAUGUCCAGCUCAAAAACUUGCAACGGGCAUUUCUCAAUUAGUUUUUGAAAAUAUUUUAAAAGGUGGAGAUUUUUGGAUUCGACCUGCAAGAAAUUUUGAACAUGAAAGAACAUUUCCAUAUGGUUGUCAAGUUUGGAUUGGUUACGGAGAAAUACCAAGUGAAGCAAAUUCGUGGACAUUCGAGGGAAAAUUUCGAAUGCAAUGUCGACGAUGGUUAUGUGAAAAAGUAAGAAUGAUCGAUCAGAAUGAAUUGAAUUAA